AAAAAAUAAACAUUUUAAUUUUUCAUUAUUUAGAGAAGGGAAAAUAUCAUUUAACAACACCAAUCCAUUAACUGUUAUGGCUUGUUUCAAACAUCUGCAAAAGAACAUCAUUUUGUUUAAUCAAUAUCGGAGAAGCGCAAGUCUCCUGACGUCAAUUGACUGUAGAAAAUUUGCCGAAAGAGAAAAUGAACAUAAACCUUGUCUACAGUUGAUAAAUAAUACGAAGUUGUCAAAAGAAGAUGUCAAGUAUUUGGUUCAUAAUCAGUGGUCAUCGAAGGACAUUUACUAUUAUUCUAAAGUGAAUAUAUCGACAGAACCAAACGAUAAAGAUGUAUCAAAUUCUUCAAAUGAUAAUCGCACGAAUGAAGAUAAAUUAGAGAAAGUCUAUGACACACUCUACAAGACUUUGCCGAAUCUUUUCGUUCAACCACUUGAUUAUUCUAUUUAUUCUGUCAACUUAAUCUUUGAAAAUAAUAUACGAGGAAUGCGAACAGUAGGAUUGCAACAUUUCGUGAAGCAAGUUGCACUUCUUCGAGUUGUUGGCCAUCUGAAAUUUGCAUAUGUAAAGUUUGAAAUCUUAAAAAUCACUAAACACAAAGAAGACAACACAGUAAGAGUACGAUGGCGAGUAAGAGGAAUUUCUGCGAUGCGAGUGAUGUUGACAUUCUGGAGAUAUAAGCUUUGGAAAAUCAAGGAGAUCUUUGAUAAACAAGAGUCUUGGUAUGACGGCUUUUCAACCUUCUACGUUGACGAUGAAGGAGCAGUUUACAAGCAUGUUGUAGAUAGGUUAAUGCCCGAUGAUAGUAAAGAAGCAAUUUUGGAAGAUUCUAAAAUAGCUGGCGAAUUACCCGUGUAAAAUUUAUGUCAGAUAAUUUUUUCUCGACUAUGUUAAGUUGAAAUUAGGAAAAAAUAAAACAGAAAGUUCAACAAUUAAA